AUGUCUCUCUCCAACAAGCUCUCCAUUACCGACGUUGACCUCAAGGACAAACGCGUCGAUUUCAACGUCCCUCUCGAUGGAGAUAAGAAAGUCACAAAUACCCAACGUAUCGCCGGUGCGGUCCCAACAAUCAAAUAUGCCAUUGACCACGGCGCCAAAGCCGUAAUCCUCAUGUCCCAUCUCGGACGUCCCGAUGGAAAAGCCAACCCUAAAUUCUCGCUCAAGCCUGUUGUGCCGGAGCUUGAGAAGCUUCUCGACGGAAAGAAGGUCGAGAUGGCUCCGGAUUGCGUGGGCAAGGACGUCGAGGAGAUUGUAAACAAGGCUAGUGGUGGACAGGUUGUUUUGCUCGAGAACUUGCGGUUCCAUGCUGAGGAGGAGGGGAGCUCAAAGGGAGAAGAUGGAAAGAAGGUUAAGGCCGAUAAGGCUAAGGUCGAGGAGUUCAGAAAGGGAUUGACUGCUUUGGGUGAUGUUUUCAUCAACGACGCUUUUGGAACUGCACACAGAGCUCACAGCUCUAUGGUUGGUGUUGACCUCCCUCAGAAGGCUUCCGGUUUCCUCAUGAAGAAGGAGCUUGAAUAUUUCGCAAAGGCUGUUGAGAACCCAGAGAAACCAUUCUUGGCUAUUCUGGGAGGUGCUAAGGUCUCCGAUAAGAUCCAGUUGAUUGACAACCUCCUCGGCAAAGUCAACAGCUUGAUCAUCUGCGGUGGAAUGGCAUUCACUUUCAAGAAAACUCUCGAGAACGUCAAGAUUGGAAACAGUUUAUUUGACGAGGCUGGAAGCAAGAUUGUUGGAGAUCUUGUUGAGAAGGCCAAGAAGAACAAUGUUGAGAUCGUUCUCCCAGUCGACUACAUCACCGCAGAUAAAUUUGACAAGGACGCAAAGACAGGAACUGCUACGGAUGAGGAGGGCAUUCCAGAUGGAUGGAUGGGUCUUGAUUGCGGACCAAAGAGUAUCGAGCUCUACAAGAAGGCUAUUAGCAGUGCGAAGACUAUCCUCUGGAACGGUCCACCAGGAGUUUUCGAGUUCGAAGCUUUCGCCAAAGGAACAAAGGCAACUCUUGAUGCCGCCGUUGAUGCUGCACAGAACGGAAAAAUUGUCAUCAUUGGUGGUGGUGAUACCGCAACUGUCGCUGCGAAAUACAAGGUCGAAGACAAGCUGAGCCAUGUCUCAACUGGUGGCGGUGCUUCUCUCGAACUCCUUGAAGGCAAGGAGCUCCCAGGUGUUUCUGCUCUGUCGAGUAAGUGA